CUUGGCUCAGUAUCAUUUGUGGGUCUAUACCUGGGCUUGAAAACAGCCACAUUCAGGGUUCAUGGAGCAUCACUGAGGUGGUUUUCAUCUGAGUCAGUCAUACUGAAAUGGAUAAAGGCAGCAUCAGGAAGAGGAAGGAGUCGCAGAAUGGCUCCACCAGCCACAGCGUGGACUGUCAGACCGCAGGCAAGCAGCCUGUGAAGGCUACUGUGCUUCAAAAAGAUGUUGGUCUGUUUAGUGGCAUCUGUUUGAUUGUGGGAACAAUGAUAGGCUCGGGCAUCUUCAUUUCUCCUAAGGCUGUCCUGCUGUACUCUGGAGCUGUGGGACCCUGCCUCCUCAUCUGGGCUGCCUGUGGCGUGUUAGCCACUCUGGGGGCACUGUGCUAUGCUGAGCUUGGCACCAUGAUCACCAAAUCGGGAGGAGAGUAUUCGUAUUUAAUGGAGGCGUUUGGCUCCCUUGUAGCCUACCUUUACUCCUGGACCACUGUCAUGGUGCUGAAGCCCUCCUCCUUUGCCAUCAUCACACUGAGCUUUGCAGAAUAUGCCUCCACUCCUUUCUACCCUGGCUGUACUCCUCCCCUUGUCGUUACUAAGUGUCUGUCAGCAGCAGCUAUAUGUAAGUUUUACUUUAGUGGGUACUGUUGGAGAACUAUCAAGAGACAGCCAGAUUUUAAAAGCAUUCAACUGAAAAAAUCCCAACCCCUCCCUUCAUGCCUUCCUCAAAACCCAUUCCACAAAAACACAUUUUCAUGUGUGUGUGCACAGGCAGAGUGCGCACAGGUAAGCAAACAGGUAGGCCUGCCAAUCGUUUAGUUCAGAAUAAAUUAAAUGAUUGGCUGUGCUUAUUACAGUCCUGCGACAGCAACAGAUAUCAGAUUUUUUUCACUGUUGCGUCAGAGCGUUUAAUUUGUUGAUUGCAGGAUGCAAUGAGAAUUUUGACAAAUAUAACAAAAAUGCCUCUUAAAUUAAUAGCUACCCUAGCUUUAAUCCUUGUGACUUAAUGGUUACAAGCAGUUAAUUACA